AUGGUAUUACCAAAGGAUAUAAUAGAACAACAUUUAUGGCCUCAUAGAGAAAAUUGGAAGAAUUUAUAUUUAAAUAGUACAAUUAUUAGAAAAUUAACUAUAAAAAAUACUGAAUAUUUCAAAGAAGAAGAAGAAUCUGCAGUAACAGAAUUAUUAUUAGUAUAUGAUGAACUUUCUGAUAAUAGUAAAAAUAGUUUGGAAGAUGAAAAAGGGAAGAAUAUUGAUGAUAUGAUUCAAAAACUUAGAAAUAUAUAUGGGUCUUAUUUUUCAAAAAUUGCAGUUGUUGAUAAUAUGCAAUUAAUUGCAGCAUCUCUAAAAGAUCAAAAACCACAAUACAUUAUUGCAACUGUAUUAACUACAAUGCAAG